AUGGAUACAGAUGAUUAUGAGAAGACGUUAAUUGCGCUUGAAGAAGCGCUAGCAACAACUACAACAACAACAAAGUUACUACCAACCGGAUGUCCCAAUGUAAUUUGCACCGCACUGCCUAGUCAUUGGCGCAGUAACAAAUCAUUGCCGUUACCAUUUACCGUAUUUGCCCUGGGACCGGUUCCGGAUGGAACGGUCGUUACCGUUGCAGCUGGAAAUGAAGAAAAUUGUUGUGCUGAUCUGCGAAAUAAUCGUACUCAAAUGAAUGGACAAAUUGCCCGUUUCAAUGAUCUGAGAUUUGUUGGUAAAAGUGGACGAGGAAAAAAUUUUCAUUUAACGAUAACAAUCGAUACAAAACCGGCACAGAUAGCAAUCGUUGGUAAAGCAAUCAAAGUUACCGUUGAUGGGCCGCGUGAUUCUCGAACAAAUAAGCCAUUAACUCGCCGUAUCAGUGCAUCAGUUUCAUCGGAUAAUUGUUCAGCUAACAGCAAAGUUCGCCGUCGGAUUUCCAUCGCAACCAUUCCGAGACCGAUCCCGACCCUAAUACCACCAAUUCCCGUUUUCCCUUCUUUAUUUAAUCCCUUUCCAUUUAUUCCAAAUCCUCCGUUACCUCCACCAGUAUCGUUGAACUUUCCUCAUUCUCCUUUACUAAAUCCCACUGCUGCUGUUGUUAGACAACCUCUUCCACCUGUUGUUACACCUUUACCGGCGGUUUUGACUCAAAGAACCCGACAGUUACCUCAGUCCAAUGAACAGCCAAUUGGAACAAGGACACGACGAAAAACAACGAAAAUUUGGAAACCUUAUGAUAUCAAAUCAUGA